AUGGAAUCGGUUAAGAAAUACUUCAUAAUGUACAUAGCAUUCCUGGCAAAAUCAAGAAAGAUCCUGCUAGUUACGCUGGCGGUAUCCCUUCUACUAAACCUCGUACUAUUUCUGAGAAUACCUGUGAAUACAAAACCCGAUAUCGUUCAUACGUACUCUGAGGAGACCAUUGCCCAGUUGUUUGCAGACAAUUUCGAACGUGAUGAUGUAGUGCCACGCCGUCAGGAACCUGACAUUGUACAAAGUCGAACCGAUGCCCCGUACGACAACAAAAGAGUCAAACAUUUGAGUAAGUCACUUCGAGUUUAGGUACAGUUAGAUCCGAAAAUAUAGCAUGGUUUCUUUACGACAUUAGCGACAGAACUCGCAUGAGCUGGUUUCAUUUGGUCAUGGCGAUUGCAAGCAUGUCAAAUUGAUAGACUGAUUUGCAUAAGAUCGCAUACUAGCUUGUCGACACCAUUUCGAUUGGUCAGAGUAGCUCCCAUGGGAAAUGUCACCUGUCAUAUAUUAUGCUUGCGUUGGUAAUAAAAUCACAAACUAUUUUAAAUUCCCAUGAGGAGCAUAAAAUCUUGUGUUUAACAACAAUAGCCUGAUUUCUAAAGACUGGUUCAAUAUGCCUGCAGUAUGCCUGCGCUAUCAUUGUUGUUGAUGCAUACAUUCUUUUGUGAAGUCUGUGAAUUAUUUGGUUGAACAGCUGCUAAUGACAAUAGUCCGCCAACACACCACAUGUAUAUGUGAAUCAGGUUUUAAAGGUCUCUUUUUACUAUUUUAUAAUAAUAGUUUUCUGAGCAACUAUUUACAUACUUACAUAGGAGAACGGGACUCAUAUUUUCCGGGGGGCAGUUGAAAGUUUGCCCGAACUUUUAUGGAGAAUUGUAAUGAAAUAACAUGAUUUUAACAUAUUUUCUGAUAAAUCUGCCCGAAUUUUCUUGAUUUUUCCUAGCAUUUGCCCGAAUUUCCAGGGUUUUUCAAAAUUGGGGGGGGGGCAGUCCCCCCCUGCCCCCUGCCUCGUACGCCUAUGCAUACUUAAAUUAUGAGGACAGUUGAAUACUUUUAUACGCAUAUUCCAAUUCUUGCACCAUUUCCACUCAGGAAAAGUUUCCGCAAAAAGAAAAUUUUGUAAAAUUUGCCAGUGGCCGACACAAAUUUUCCGUCGGAAAAAAUUUUAACAAUGGGCACAAUGAUGUUUUCCGAACAUUUUCUGUCUGUGCAAAAUUUUCUUCAGUGGAAAUGGUCUUUUAUAGUGCAACAGCAAUUUAUUACGACGAAUAACACACCAUUUAGAACGCAUCAUUUUGAAUAGAGACUCUGAUUUGGCUUAUACUAGAUCCAUUACGCUUUGUUCUUUGCAGGAACAACCGCAAACUCCAAAUCCGCCUGCCCUAGAAUGACAAUCCAUAAAGGUGAAGGGCCACCUCUCAAUGACACUGUUUGUCGUCCCCACCUCCCCGCAGAGGAUGCAUGUCAAUUCACCGCCGAGAUGUUUGAACUGCAACCAUCAAUCGCUAAGUGCCACGACCAAAAAGGGCCGCCACAUCAAUUGUGCCGCGUCACCGAGAUCCGCAACGGUAUCCGACUUUCCGCGCCCGAUGUGACAUGUGAUACAUCGGCGUGCCUGAAAACCACGGACAUUCGGCUACUGAUAGUAGACCCUUCUGAUGGCAAUUAUUUGCAGUUAGAUAUACCCGGGACAGUAAGCAUCUCCGAUAUGCAAGAUGUCGUGAAGCAAGCGAUGGCGAAAACUCAAGCGAAUGGAUUUAAUUUCAUGUUUAUAGAUUGCACUGGUCAAAGAAGACGCGAAAAAAUUUCCCAAUUAUUAACAUUCUUACCGGCCGAAAGCAUUUUUAAACCCAAAGGUGAAGCGCUUGGAAAUAAAGUCAAUGUGAAUGUGGUUCUGUUAGACUCAAUUUCCCGGCCGCAUUUUUUCCGUUCCUUGCGCAAAACUGUGGCCUAUUUGCGCGAAAAGAGCGACGAUCCAACGUACAGCGCUCACAUAUUUGAUUUCGAGCUGUUCCAAUCGGUGCACGGGCACACGCACGAAAACGAACACGCGUUAUUUGGCGGCGCGUUGUAUCCGGAAAAUUUCACGAAGAGCGCCAAGGAAGACUCCCCCACGAAUAUGGAGCGACUAUUUGGGAUAUUUAAGGAUGCAGGGUAUCAAACGAUGGCACAGAAUGAUCUGUGUUGGAAGGCAUGGUAUGGUUUCUUGACCAGUUUUAUGGUCGAUGAGUGGCCUGACCUUCAGAGGCUCAUGAAAGAGACGAUUGACUCGACUGGUAAGGGUUUUAAGUAGAUUUUUAAAAUUUAUUUAAUUUAAUUUAAUUUAAUAACUUUGCCGUAACAUAAAUUACAAAUUCUGGCAGGGUUCCCACAACAGCAUAACGCCAAUUACUGCGGGCCCAGUAAUAAUAUCUAACAAACGAUGACAAAUUAACAGUUAGACAACUAAACAAGUAUGCAUGCAAACCAACAAACGUACGUUCUAUAACGCACUACAAAAAAUUAAUGUAUUAAUAACAGCAAGACGCUGGAUAUGCAAGACUACGCACAGAGUUGCAUUUAAGACAUAUAGUUUUAAGUGUUCGAGGUUGUUGGAUGAUGAUCGUGUCGUUCUGUGUGUUACACGGGUGACGGGAAGAGCAGACGUUUCUACGAGGCCAUGGGUGAUUUUAAAGAAGAGGGUCAAGUCUAGAUAUUCGUGCCAGUAUGAUACAGGAAAAAGAUGAAGGGAAAUUAAUCUUGUCCUAUAGUCCACGUCUGUCGAAAAUGGCAAAUUUAAAAUGAGUUUUCUUUGAGUUCUUUCCAACAUGUUGAUGAGAUCAAUCGCCUGUGGUGCCCAAAGAUGAGAUCAUUUUAUUAAGUGGAGAAUCUUUUGUAUGUUACGUAACACGGGCUCAGAAUUAAUGAAUAUACUUUUGGUUAUGGUUUGGUUACUAAUGGUUAUGACUAUAUUCAAUAUUUUAUAUUCGUUACAUCAAUAUUCGUUUCUCAAGCGGCACUGCGGCAAACAAACUUAAAAGGUCUGGUUAGUGUUUUAUCUGUAUGCUAAAAUGAAGAGAUUUUAGAUGGUACGCCAAAGAGAAAAUGAUGUCUGAAGUUCAGUAAGUUUUGCUUAUAUUGCUGCAUAGACAUGGCGUCAAAUUACAGCAUCAAUGAACUGUAAUAUUCACUUUGUUUUAUAUUUUAGUUGUAAUUACGUCACUUGAUUUCACUUCGUAUCAUCGUAUCACUGAAAAAUAUACCUUGCCCAGUCUUAAUAAAUAACGCGCAUUUAAAAUAAUUACGUCACUUAAUUUCACUUCGUAUCAUCGUGCUUUCAUAUCACUGAAAAAUAUACCUUGCCCAGUCUUAUUAAAUAACGCGCAUUUAUAAUAAUCAAACGAGAUGCCCAAUGCACCAUUCCGGAAAGUACGACUAAUAUUAUACCUCAAAUUCAAUGACAAAGUGCCAAAUCAGAAAGCAAAACAACUUGUUGCAUCCAGACGAUAUCUGUUGGCCUCAUCAACCUUGUUACAAGAUGAUAUCAACUUGUUCCAUCAAUGAUAAAUGUCACAUACACGAAAGCGAGGCUCUGCGGCCAAAGUGACGUACUUUUCCGAAAGUGUGUAUUCUCAGAAGUUAAAAACUUUCUCUCCAUGCCAUCUAGGUGUAACAGACGCCUCGUGUAAAAUCCUGAAGCGUUCUCAAAGGACAACAACAUUCACAGACAAUGAUGACCACCAGAUAUGCUACAACGGCAAACACCAACAUAGAUAUUUAUUUGACCAUCUUAGAAACUACCUAGAAGCUGUCACCACCCUCAAACCUGCGAAACCAUUAUUCUCUUUCACAGAGACCAAUGUUGCACACGAUGACGUAGGUAUGUAUAUCAUACCACAUUAUACCAUAUCACACAAUACCAUACCAUACCCCUAACCAUACGAAAACACAUCACACCAUACCGUUUUUGUUGUUAGUAACACACAUGGCUUCUAGGCACACCACACCAUAUGUAUCAUACUAUAUUUUACCAUAUCAUAUAAUACCAUACCAUAACAUAACAUACGUUACCAUACCAUACCAUACCAUACCAUACCAUACCAUACCAUACCAUACCAUACCAUACUUUACCUCAUCUUAUCUAUCUUGUAGGUAUUCGAGUACAAACUCUAGACCAAGACCUGACAGACCUAAUAGAUAGCGUCGCCCAACUCCCGAAUACAUUCACGAUAUUCUUUGCCGACCAUGGAAACACAUACACAGACUAUCAAGUUUCGAUGCUCGAGGGUCGAUUGGAAAUUUACCAUCCUGUACUAUUGGGAAUAUUACCCAAGGAACUUGGAAGGAAGUUUGGAAAAGAUGUAGUGGAAAAUCUGAGGACUAAUCAGUACCGUUUGCUUCAUUUGUUUGAUAUCCGUGAGAGCUUGGUAGAGCUCGCCAACUAUGAUAUCAGAACAAAGUAAGUGGCUAGUUAUCCUUACUUGCAAAGGACGCAGCUCAACCUGAUCCAGUCGAAGGCUUUCAAAGGGCGCCUCUAGCAGUCACUUUAUGACCCAUGUCUCAGGGUUCGUAGUCUCCAAGAUCAAAAAAUUUCAAAGACUUUCAAAGAUUUUUUCUGCCUAUUGUCAAAGACUUUUCAAAGACCUUUGAGGGCAAUCAGGUGUCGCAAAAUUGCGACGUAUAAGCACCAUUUUUACCAGGUAAUUAGUCCCGUCAAAUCACAUCCUAAAAUGUACUUUUUCGUCGAUAUUUGCGAAAAUCUUGCUUCAGUCAAUCUAUUUUAUUAGCUAGGAAAUCGUAUAAUCAAAUAAUCACUAAAGAAUUUAAAGACUUUUAAAGACUUUCUUCGCUUUUUCACACACUUCAAAGACUUUUCAAAGACCUUAAAGACCUGCAUUCAAAUGUAAAGACUUUCAAGGAUUUCAAAGACCGCUACGAACCCUGUGUCUGAUCACGGUGCACAGCUACAGUGGAAGGGUUAGUUCGGGGCUAGUCCCAACCCACCCUGUCAACUUUCUCUGUGCGAGGAAACCGGAGCACCCGGAGAAAACCCACGACUUUCGGUAGAGCAUUGACUGACUUAUCUCAAACUCAUUAAUAAUUCAUGAGUAAAUUAGCCAACCAUAUUGCUUUAUUUUGCUCACAUGAUAAUACUGGAUACUUGGUGAAGUAUAUUGACCCACUCCUAGGACUGGGUCAAAAUCAAUUCACCUCACUUAUGUAGUAAUUUAUUCGUAUGAGAUGUCAUUUCGAAUCCUCCAAUUCGGACUGGACUAGAUCUGUCCACGCAUUUUGAUCCAGUUCUCGCGGCUUCGCAUCGGGCUCGAUCAAUUUGCGCGGUCUUGAAAUCUAGUCCAAUCCUCAUAGUCGGAUUUGAAAUAUCACUUCACAUGAGCCCACAGUGAAAAUCGAAGGUGAAAGGCUCUGACCAUCAUUGCGCUACCGAAACCCCUAGGUAUUGGCUUCUUCAGAAUUAAUGAGAAAACUUCAAAUAACCUACUAAUUUUAUUUAUACUAGAAUGUUAGGGUUUGUAAUCCAAGUGAGAAUAUAUACAUUUUAAGACCUAACCAGGAACGACUGCGAAAAAUGAUAGCUCUGUCUUUCUAUACAUGGUGUGUAAAAAAGUGCUCGAUUCACACAGUACAAUAGCAGGUUGCGUCAGCGACACUUUUAGGCAAAACUUGUGUAGUGUGAAUCGGCCUUUAGUCAGUGCUUUAUUAAACUAGAAAGUAUAUUCUCUUAAUUGCACCUUUCUUUAUUCUGCUUCACACAGAAGAAAAGAUAUGAUGGUACAAAAAUUAUUUAAUGGACAGUUUCAUUGUGGCAUAGCAUAUCGAAGGGAAGAUGGCUGUGAAAGUCAUUAGAAUAACAAUAUAACUCAUUAUCUAUGUUAGUCAAUGUUUAUUCAUAAAUCUGGUCCUUCACCGUCACGUGUGUAUUGUAUUUUUGCCAAAUGCUUGAACAGUUCAAUACUUUGACAUGCAUAUAUUUAAUGCUUCCAAGUCACAGCUACACACGUAAAAACGCACAAGCUGUUACAGGUCUGCAAACAAGUUGUUACCAAUCUGUUCACAAUCUGUCGACAAGUUCCUAGUUGUUGUAACAAGUUUGGAACAAGCUGUUAACAACUUGUAACAAGCUUGAUGGCAUUAUCGAACUUGUUACAAGACUGUUCUGACAAGUCUGAUACAGUCAUGACAUAACAAGAAUGUUACACGGUUGACGACACAAUGUUGUAACAAUAUUGUUAUAUGAUGACUAUGUCGGACUUGUUGGAACAAUCUUACAACAAGUCUGAUAACAUCAACAAGGUUCUUACAAGUUAUUAACAGCUUGUUCCAAACUUGUUGACAACUUGGGACAAGCAGUGCGAAUACAACUGGUUGACGACUUGUUGGCAGACUAUUGUAGAAUGUAUCAACAACACAAAUUGACAUCUACAUUUUUAUUACAUCUAUUCACACAGGUUGAAUCCAGUCGGAAUUUUCCGAGAAAUACCGAAGAAUCGCACAUGUGAUAACCUAAAAUUAAGCAGUCCAAAUUUCUGUAUUUGCGAAGGAUGGGACAUUCUGGUUGACAAUUCCACUGCGCGAGUGGCCUUGGCCGAGUUUGCUAUUGGUCAACUCAACAACCAAUUGCAAAGCUCCCUCCUAGAGUCACGUGGUUCUGAGCCCGCAGGCGAGAAUCCCAUAUUGUUUGGUUCAUGCCAGCGGUUACGAUUACACAGUAUUAAAAACGCGAGGCAACGUCAAACAGCCAAGGGAACGGUGAUAACAACACUUGAUGUGAAGGUACAAUCGGGGACUAUUGUUGAUCAAGAGGAACUGAUUACGGUGCAAGUUGAAUCAGCGCAGAAAGCUAAUAGGUCAUCGUUUGAUAUGAGGUAUGGAUGUGAGUCACAAUUAGCGCAUGUGCAUAUAAUUCCGUCGGUUAUUCUUACAACUUGUCAACAAGAUGUGUUCGCAAAAGGCUUGUCAACAAGUUGCAAUUAACAAUGGUGUUAUUUUAUCGAAUUGCUCACAACUUGUUGACAAGUCAUUGAAUUGCAGGACGAUAACAAUUUGUUGGAAUAACUUGUAACAAGUCUGUCGAGUUCAACAACCUUGUAGCAAGUUGUCAACAAGCCGUUGACAACUUGUCAACAAGCUGGGAACAAGCAGUACGAACACAUCCUGUUGACAAGUUGUUGCAACAGUAUUGCUACAAGUCUGCUGCAGGUUUGUUACAACUUGUGCGUUUUUAUGUAUGUAAUACACACGCAAAAAUCUGUCAACAAGCCGUCAACAAGUUGUGUUCGCACUGCUUGUCCCAAAUCCUAUACAAGUUGACUUUGAAGAAUAUAUUUUGAGGUGUGGCUUAGGCGAGUACGACCGUGACUGACAAACGAUAGAAAGUUAUUGAUAUCUACGUUCAAAUAGCCGAAUAAAGCUUUGUAUAGAAACACAAAGUCUUUAAUCAGGGACGUUGCUACCGGGGGGAAGUGUGGGGGGUGUAACACCCUCCAAUAAUUCAAACGUUGGUCAAAAUGGACUGGUAUUUGCUCAAAGUUGAUCAAAAUGGAACUGAUAUUUGCUUAAAAUUUAAGGUCAAAGUCGAUAAAUUGUGGUGAAAAAUUGGCACGCCUUGCUUAUUUUGGUCGAAAAUUUGUUAAAUAUGCUUAUAUUAGUCUAUGCUUAUAGUAGUCCUCCCGUCGACAACAUUUCCGAGAAAAAUUUUUGAUUUGGUCAAAAUUCUAUUAAAUGUUGAUCAAAACAUGACGACCCCAAUGUUGAUGCCUUAGCGACGUCCCUGUCUUUAAUUUCCUUGUCAAAAUGUCAACGGCUAACAACCGCUCUUUAUAAGUCAACUCUUCUCUUAUCACCAUGAUGAGGCUAACGUGUUAAAAUAAAGUCUAUGUAUGUAUGUGUGUAUGUAUGUAUGUAUGCAUGUAUGCAUGCAUGUAUCACUAACAUAAAACAUUUCUUUCCCUAGACUAUUGACUUAUAAUAGAAUCUCUCAUUACUCAAUCUAUGAACAAUGCGUCGACAAAGGGCUACCAGCAAACCUUUGCAUUUGCAACAAACGUGAAACAUCAGCGAAAGCUCAAAACUCAUCAGUCUAUGAUAUAAUCAGUCCAGAAUCGAAACUCCACAGACUUAAACCAUGUUUGCUGCUUAUAAAACGUUCAUACAGCGAAAAUAAUGGCGAAGAAGAUUAUGUCGGAGUAGAGGUUUAUGAAUUGGCAAAUAUUUGUGACGAUAAGAAAUUUUCUGUGAGGCUGGCGGCAGAAGCUGAUAACGUACGUGCUUCCACUGAAUUGCCUAUUAACGUGGAGUUGACACCAAGGACUAUAUAUUUCACCUCCGUUAUGAUGACUGAAGUUGGAUUUAUGGACACGAAAUUGAAGUUGAAGUUACGUGUAGUCAGUGAGGACGUGCAUGGGAAAGAUGAAGAAUUGGAAGAAAAUGGUGGAAAGAGAAGUGGAAGAGAAGAGGGGAAUAAGAAGGGAAAUUUAGGCGCGAAAUGGAAAAAAAAGAAGUCAAGGACGAAUGGGAAAGAUGAAACAUGGAAAGAAACUAGUGAUAAGAAAUAA